AUGUGCGCAGUAGCGACAGGGUCAAACUCCACUCCAGUCUCCCCAGAUUGGGGCAAGCAGUUGCUUGGUAGAGAGGUGCAGGUGAAUGCCGAGGUUCAGGACCUGGGAGAGAACCAGCAACCCUUGGCAGUACAGUCUCACGCCGGGACAACGUUGCUAAUUGAGGAAGGGUAUACGCGUAAACGGGACCACAGCAGCGAACUACACAGCGAUGCGGGGAUGCGUGGGACGAUAGGACACACGCCGCACUGUCACCGGAGGUGGCAACUGCGCGCGACCCGCCGGCCGUCCCACUGGCAGAUGGGGCUGGGUGCCAACGGGAGGCUUUCGUUGGCAACGGAGUUCCGAGAGGUCGUAUUAGUCAGUCCGGGGACUGCCCUCAGCGUAGGGUGGCGGGACUGUCCGAAGGGGACUUCGCGCAAGAAACAAGCGUUGUGCUGCCCUCAGCGUAGGGUGGCGGGACUGUCCGAAGGGGACUUCGCGCAAGAAACAAGCGUUGUGCUGCCUCAGUUGUGGCAAAGUCUCUGUAUAAAGGAAGCCGUCUGUACAGGGUUGGCGAUUCGUCGGGUGCGAACCGCCGCCCUACAGCAAGUGCAAGGGGAGGAGAGUUGUUCUGAGUCGUUUUCCGUUACCGGGAUUACGGGAAGCCACACUCACUCUGAGAAAGUCGAGGAGCUAAAGCCUCAGUCCAUCGCGCGGAUAGCCGUCGUGAAUGAGGCGUGGUGCGGACUGCCUAAGAACCCGGUUACAGCGGCAGACUUGGACGUCGUGGGCAAUCUCGCACCCACCCUUACCCCGCCGAUGACCAAAUUAUUUCAACAGCUGUGCGAUAGGGCCCAAAGCCAUAUUCUCAGGGCGAAGUGGCAGCAAAAACGUUAUGCAGAUGCUCAUUGCCGUGAUGUCCAAUACAACCCAGGAGAUCGGAUAUGGAUCAGCAGCCGCAACCUCCCGGGGCUCAAUCAGUGCCCCAAGUUCGAGCCCCGGUUUCGUGGACCAUUCAGAGUCUUGGAGCGCAUCGGUCAAGUCGCUUACCGCAUCGAGCUCCCGCCAACUUAUCCAUGUCAUAAAUUCCAUGUCUCUCAGCUUGUCCCCGACCGCCCACGCGAUUUUGAGAUGAAGUCCAAAGAAACCGCCGUUGGGUGGUUACCGCUGACGGGCCCGGACGGCGCUCUCACAGACACCUACGAGGUGGACUACAUUCUCAAUCAACGGGGCUCGGUAAAGGAUACCCAAUACCUCGUUAAGUGGCGAGGCGCUCCUGAGGAUCGCGCAACCUGGGAGCCGGCCGCCAAUCUUAUCAACUGCCCUGCCCUUCUUCGGGCGUGGCGACGUUAUUUCAAGAGCGCAAGGGGCAACCAGCGAGGCCCUCAGGACGUCGUAUCUCGCCCCGCUCACACUACCUCAGCAGGGCCCUCAUCGCCGACGUUUUUCUCGCAGGGGGGGGGAAGGAGUGGAGGGGCACCCUCCGGCAGCCGCACCACUCACAGCACAAGACAGCCUAGAGGAGCCGGAUAG